UCUCCGUGUGGCUCUGGGACUGUGUGGUCAGUCGCCUCUGUGGCUCUGGGACCGUGUGGUCAGCCCCUGUCUCUCCCUGUGUUGCAGGAUGCUGCGUCUCUGUCUGGCAGGACUGACUCUCUCAGCCCUCUGCCUCCAGCAGGUACAGGCUGUGGAUCGCAGUAACUUCAAGACCUGCGAGCAGAGCUCCUUCUGCAAGCGCCAACGGGCCGUCCAGCCUGGCCAGUCCCCCUACAGAGCCCUGCUGGACACCCUGCAGCUCAGCGAUUCCAGACUCUCCCUGCAGCUGCUCAACGAGCACAACAAGGUGAAGCUGCUGCUGGAGCUGUACGGGCUGCAGGGCAACAUGACCCGGAUCAAGAUCAACGAGCUGAAGCCACUGAGACCCCGGUUCGAGGUUCCUGAUGUUCUGAUCCGCGACCCACCUGCUUACCCGGUCCACCGCGCCCUGGCCUUAAUGCUCCCGCUGCGCUCCGGGGCGCCCUCGUGCUCAAUGAGCGGGCCGCGGUCGGGGGUGGGGUUCCCCGACGCCUCUGCUCUCUCCGAGGCGCCCCGGCUGAAAUCUCACGUUGUUUCUCUCUGUUUCUCUCCUGUCUGUGUGCGUCUGCGGCGCCCCAGUCUCUCGCAUAAGAUCAGUAGCACAGUGGGUGGCUUGUGGGAUAGCCUCAGGAGUGCGUUCUCUAGUGACGCGAGGAAGGAGGAGGAAGAGGAGGGAGCGGAGAGCCAGGACGCCGGAGCGCAGCCGGCGGGAGAGAAGGCUGCGGACGGAGAGGCAGAGACGAAGCAGCAGCAGCAGCAGGAGGAGGACCAGCAGGGAAUGUGGGAGGAGACCUUCAAGACCCACAGCGACACCAAGCCCCACGGCCCGUCCUCCAUCAGCCUGGACUUCUCCCUGCCCGGCGUGGAGCACGUGUACGGCAUCCCGGAGCACGGGGACUCAUGGGACCGAUCCUGGCAGCGGGGGGGGGGGGGGGGCGCUCGUACCCCUGCGUCCGUGCAGCAGGCUCACGAGCGGCGUGUCUCCCCUCCUGCCCCCCCAGGCACGCAGGCCCUGCCCCCCCUCUUCGCCCUGGCCUACCACCAGUGCCGCUGGAACUACAACGACCAGGAGGACGUGGCCGCGGUGGACGCCGGCUUCGACGAGCACGACAUCCCCUACGACUUCAUCUGGCUGGACAUCGAGCACACGGACGGCAAGCGCUACUUCACCUGGGACCCCAACAAGUUCCCCGCGCCCAAGGACAUGCUGCAGGCCCUGCAGGCCAAGAAACGCAAGAUGGUAGCGAUAGUGGACCCCCACAUCAAGGUGGACAGCGGCUACAAGAUCCACAAUGAGAUCCGCUCCAAGGGCUUCUACACCAAGAACAAGGACGGCGGGGACUACGAGGGCUGGUGCUGGCCAGGCAAUGCGGGAUACCCCGACUUCACCAACCCCGAGAUGCGCUCCUGGUGGGCCAACAUGUUUGCCUACGACCAGUACGAGGUGAGAACGGCCCCCCUGCUCUUCCCGGGGGGUGUGACGCGUCUCUCUCUCUCCCCCUGUCUCCCCCAGGUCUGGUACGAUGUCCACACCUUCCAGAAGCACAGCGGUGGUCAGCACCUCUACAUCCCCGUCACCCUGAGCUCGAUCCCGGUGUUCCAGAGGGGCGGCUCCAUCGUCCCCAGGAAGAACAGGGUGCGGAGGUCAUCGUCCUGCAUGACCAGUGACCCCUACACUCUCUACGUCGCCCUCAGCCCUGAGGGGGAGGCGGAGGGAGAGCUGUUUGUGGACGACGAGCACACCUUCCGGUUCGAGAGCGAGCACCAGUUCAUCCACCGGCGCUUCGUCUUCGCCCGCGGCACCCUGAGCUCCCACAACGCUGACCCCAGCGGUCACUUCUCCUCGGACUCCUGGGUGGAGAGGGUGGUGAUUCUGGGGGCCAGCCGCCCCAGCGUUGCUCUGCUGCUGAUCCCAGACGGCAGCCAGUCCCCCCUGGAGUUCGAUUUCGAGGAGAGGGCCUCGGUGCUCACCCUGCGCAAGCCGGCCGUCAACGUGGCUGCAGACUGGACCAUCCUGCUCCGGUAAUACCGGGCCGGAUCCGGGGGGGCGAGAGACUGGACCAGCCCGAGGGACGCUUCAUCGCAGGCCCGGACCUCUGGCCCCCCAGCCUGCAGGGGCGCGGGGAGCGAGGGGGUGUGUGGGGUCACGGGUGGGGUCACUGGGUUAAUUGAGAGCUGUGGGGUCACUGACUGGGCGAAGGCGUCCCCCUCGCUCCCCCCUCCCCCCCGGCAGUGCGCCCCUGCCCUCGGGACCAGACGCCAGAACCACACGGACGAAUCGACGUUGAGUUGUUCGGGUUUUUUGUUGUUCGUUUUUUUUAUAUAAAUGAUUGAGAAACGAAGAGA